CAAAUUCUGAAAACAAUCACGUGUUUCUCUCAUUAGUUUCCAACUUUCUUGUUUCUAUCAAAUACUUAUUACGUCUUCAAAUAUCUUGAUAUGAUUUCUGUUAAGAGUUGAAACCUGAAGGUGCCUGGUGCCCUCUCUGUCUCGUUAUAUUUUGAACCAGUUUUCAGUUUGUCUUUCCAACCUUUUUGAGGAAUUUCCCGAGCGGCCGAAUUUGUCUGCUGACGUCUGAAAUCAAUUGCUACUUUCUUCCAUUUUUCUCUGGUUGAAUGAUACUUUCUUCCAGUCGUCCAUUUUUUCCCUAAAGGUGCAGGGGAUGUGAUUGCUUUCAGAAUCGGAAACCCUAACUAACUCUGUUGGUUUCACUUUCUUUCAGCGUGUUUGAGGUGUUACAUGUCAUGCAGAACAUGAUGGAUUCCAAGUCACAAAAGGAUCCCAUGGACAUUGAUGGUGUAGUUCCACGAGGAAGUAGAGCUAGUCCAUGCGGAUUCCAUGAAAAUGGCACUCUGUAUCCUGUUUCUGCUAAUGAUUCGGGUGAAGGCCUCCCUUAUGCUCCUGAGGAUUUUCCUAAUCCUGGUGAUAAGUGGAGUUGGAAAGUAGGGAAGCGAAUUGCUAAUUCUGGCUUCUUUUUGGAUAGAUAUUUGUACCUGCCCCGCCGUAUGCGCCAGCCUGGACCUAAAAAAUGCUUCGCUAGCAGACUCUCACUAGAACAAUUUGUUCGGAAGAAAUUCCCUGAUACAGAUAUUGACCAAUUUUUUGCCUCUUUUAGUUGGAAGGUCCCUUCGAGGGCACUGAAGAAAGGUUUCAAGGAGAUGCUUACACCUCCCAUUGAGAUCACGGAAGAUGAUGGUGAACCGCGUUGCAAAUCUGGCAACAAAUUUUGCAGCAGCUUAAAUACACAAGAAGAGACUAUUCCACAAGUCAUGUCAUGUGAUAUUUGCUGCGAGGAACCGGGCUUUUGCCGGGCCUGCUGUUGUAUCCUUUGCCGUAGAGUGAUUGAAAGAGGUUUAAAUGGAUGGGGCUAUAUUACAUGUGAGGCCAAAAUCGAGGGGUUCACUUGUGGACACAGCUGCCACAUCGAAUGUGCCUUGAGAGCUUACAUGGCAGGGACAGUUGGAGGGAGCAUUGGUCUGGAUGCGGAGUAUUAUUGCCGCCGGUGUGACUCAAGGACGGAUAUGGUUCCUUUUGUUCAGAAGCUUCUAAAGAACUGUGAGUCGGCUGGUUCGGUAGAUGAUUGUAAGAAGAUGUUGCGGUUUGGUGUUUGCUUGCUCCGCGGGUCGACGAGAAAGGGUGCAUACGAGUUGUUGCGGAAGAUCGAGGUGGCCAUGUCAAAGGAAGGACCCAGAUUGUGUGUGAUUUAUGGAUUGAAAUUGAUUCUUCUUCCGACUCGUCCGUGGGCGUCGGAGGUUGGUUUGAACUCAUCGAGCGGCGCCGACGAGACUCCACAAGUGCGGUCGAGUUUACGCCUUCGACAUCUCCAAGCGAAAAGCGUAGGAAACAUGGUUUAG